CUGGAAAAUGACAUUUUUCUUUAACUUAGUGAAGAAAAUAUGACAGACAGAUGACUGGAAAGGCAAAUAACACAGUGUGUAAACUAAACGAGAAUUGUGAAAGCAAUGUUUUUUGUAUGUUCUUAAUAUCACACCAAAACACAUUUUGGUUUCUAUAGUGCAGUUCCCUUUAUCAGAAAGCCAACUUUUAUGCUGCUUCUCACCAGUGCUUUUGUUUGCUCUUUACUCACCCACGCCUUCCUGAGCCAUAUAAGCAGAUCAAAGAGAACCUGGUUGAGAUUUCUCUUCCUGAAGGAAGGACUCUGGAAAGGACAGUAUCUUUGUCCCAGUUCACAAUGGAUUGGCUUCAGCUGUUCUUCCUCCAUCCUGUAUCACUUUAUCAAGGGGCCGCUUUUCCUUUUGCACUUCUGUUUAAUUAUCUCUGCACUAUGGAUUCAUUUUCCACCCCUGCCAGGUACCUCUUUCUCCUGGCUGGAGGCGGGGCCCUGGCCUGGGCUGCUAUGGGUUCCUUCGCCGUGCUUGUCCUCAUCCCUGCUCUGUGCGCCGGGGUUCUGAUUUCCUUUCUCGGCCCCCAGGAUGUCCACAGGUGGGCUUUCUUCUUUCAGAUGAGCUGGCAGACGCUGUGUCACCUGGGUCUGCACUAUACUGAAUAUUACCUGCAAGAACGUCCUUCCAUGAGGUUCUGCAUCACUCUUUCCUCCCUCAUGCUCUUGACCCAGAGGGUCACAUCCCUCUCUCUGGACCUUUGUGAGGGAAAAGUGAAGGCAGAAGCAAGAGGCAUCAGGGGCAGAAGCUCUGUUCUUGAACAUCUGUGGAAGACACUGCCCUAUUUCAGCUACUUGCUCUUUUUCCCUGCUCUCCUAGGAGGCUCCCUGUGUUCCUUCCAGAGAUUUCAGGCUCGUGUUCAAGGGUCCAGCAGUUUGGGUCCCAGGCGCUCUGUCUGGGCUCUGACCCGGAUGGGUCUGCAGAUUCUGGGCCUCGAGUGCCUAAAGGUGGUCCUGAGGAAGGUGGUGGGUGCAGGAGCAGGUCUGACUGACUGCCGGCAACUCCAGUGCAUCCGUGUCAUGUGGUCCACAGCCGAGCUCUUCAAACUCACCUACUAUUCCUGCUGGAUCCUGGAUGAUGCGCUCCUCCAUGCAGCAGGCUUUGGACCUGAAUUUGGUCAGAGCCCUGCUAGGGAGGGAUACGUCCCUGAUGCGGACAUUUGGACACUGGAAACAACCCACAGGAUAUCCCUGUUCACGAGAAAGUGGAACCAAAGCACAGCUGGGUGGCUCAGACGCCUCAUAUUCCAGCACGGCAGGGCCUGGCCGUUGCUGCAGACAUUUGCCUUCUCUGCCUGGUGGCACGGGCUCCAUCCAGGACAGGUGUUUGGUUUCCUCUGCUGGGCUCUGAUGGUGGAAGCUGAUUACCUAAUCCACACCUUUGCCAACUUGUCUAUCAGAUCCUGGCCGAUGCAGCUGCUCUAUAGAACUGUCACCUGGGCCCACACCCAGCUCAUCAUUGCCUAUAUAAUGCUGGCUGUGGAGGUCAGGAGCCUCUCCUCUCUCUGGCUGCUGUGUAAUUCUUACAACAGUGUCUUUCCCAUGGUGUAUUGUAUUUUGCUUUUUCUAUUAGCGAAGAGAAAGCAUAAAUUGACCUGAUAUCUUUCCCCAGCCUUCAUCUUAUACAUCCAUGAAAUAGAGUUUAAAAAGUGCCAGAUGGUGUGUUGAUGAUGCAUAUGCUUGAACUUUUCCAUACUAGGUCUUUUUUUUUUUUUUUUCAAGUAUUGGAUGCGUAUACCUCAUGUCUUGCCAUAGAAAUUUGGGCAUCUACUUUAACAAGCUAUUAUACUGGUACCGAAGUCCCGCCCCCCCCCCCAAAAAAAAAGAGACAAAGACAUGGUUUCUUCCCUUGGGGCUUACAGUGUAGGUGUGGAAACAACAUUUAGGUAAGGGGAUAGAUAAAAACAUUAGGUACUGUGAACCAAAUGACAAACAGUGUAUACAUGGACACCUAAACACUGAGUGUCCAAUUGGUCCACUUGAUCCUGGACCGUGAGUUCAGCAAGACAAAAACAACAAAAACAAAAACCUAAGUCAGGGGUGCCUGGU